CUUUGCAGUUAAUCUACUUCAGAAUUUGUGUUUGUGUGAUGAAUGAUUAAUAAUUUCAAGUUUUAUAUGUUAAUAUGUGACUCUCUCAAAGUCUUCGAGGUGAUUUUCACUUCCUAGCUUGUUACUGUUACUGAGUCAGUGAUUUUUAACUUCAUUCUAAAUUUUUAUCCCUGCCAAAAUUUAAAGUAAAUACUACGAUGGGAGACGACUUGCUCCAGGAAAUUCUCACCGUCGAUCCAGAUGCAGCCCUUAGGCAAGCUAUGGCUGCCAAGCAAAACGUAAGAACAGUAAAUGCAGAGGUACAUCGUAGACCAGUCACCAAUCAAUCAAUUCCUCAAGAUGUCCCUAGACGUAACCCGCCACCAACUCCAAGACAUCCAACGGCCCCCAGACCGAAGCAAUCCUCGAGCGCAAGGCGGAGGAGUGGAGAAGUACAAACUAGAGCCCCUCCGAAUGGAGUAAUUGAUGAUAACUUGUCAGAAAGCAAUUUCAGCUGUCGCUCAAUUCCAUUAGGAGGCAGUCACCCACUGCAAGCCCAAGAGCCGACACUUCUCUCGGGGCUUAAUCAAGUCAACAAUGAUGAUAACAUGUCCGAGAGCAACUUUAGCUGCAGGACAGAGAUUUCCAGCCAACCCGAGUCAGUUUUCAAAGUACCCAUGGAUGCUAUAUCCAUGGAUUUUCACAUGAGAAUGAGGAAGCAAGUUAUGGCAGAAGCUCAGAACGCUUGCCGAGAGAUAGAAAAACAUAAUGCUACAAAAGCUGAAGUUUAUUACAAAUUCGCCAUAAAAAAGCUUGCAAGUAUUCGUCACUUUGUGAUAAGUGCUCAUGAUCCAUCGAUGAAUGAGCUUUUCAUGCAAACUAGUAUGAUGAACAAUACAAUGGACAUGUCACAACUCUCGAAUGCUAGAGGAUUCAUGGGAUCUCAGGCGUCACUUGUUGGAGGAACGGUUUUCAAUGACUCACUUCGCUCAAACAACACUUUUUUGAACAGCAAUAGUCAUCUAGUUUCUUCAACAACUGGAGUUCUGUCUCAAAAUGCAGGCAGCCACAAUGGAACUUUCCUUCCACCUCAAGGUUCGGUUGGAAAAUCAAAUUUCACAGGGUCACAAGCAUCGUUCAAUGGAGGAAACGUCUAUAACGAGUCACUUCGCCCGAACAACACUGUAUUGAACAAUAAUCACAGCCAUCUUAUUUCUUCAACAACCGCUGCAGCAUCAGAAAAUACAGCCAGCCUUAAUGGAACGUUCCUUCCUCCAAGAGCUCCUGCUAUGAGACCAUCUAACCCAAAACCUCAGCCGAACCAGUCCUCUCAGACAGCGGCUCAAAAUGAUUUUAACAAAACAUCGGAUCCAGUCGCAAAUUCUUCUCAAGUCAGAGGUGGCUCUUUCUUGGCACCUUCAACAAACUCUGCUUCUUCUCGGCCACUACCAACCGCAGUUGUCUCUCUUAAAAAAUACUCCCUUGAGAAACGUCCAAGCCCUCUCGCAAAGUCAUCACCGCUGAAUGAAUCGGUCCAAACCUCUCCUAUAAACCAGAAUAAUACAAUGAAUAGCACAAUGAACAGCACAAUGAAUAGGACUGCUUCUCAAAGGCGCAAGUUUGAUGUCAAUCCCAUCAUCCUCAAAAAUUGGACUCUAGCCCUCGGGAAACGAGUAGGCUCUGACGACUAUGAGCUGCUUGUUCGAGGAGUCAUAGCCAAGAAAUGUGAAUUCGGCAAUGCCAAUAUGGAACAUACAACGCAAGCAGUCAAAGCUCGUCUAGGAGAGUUUUGCGUCAAAACAAAAGAUGGAAGAGAGUACCAGCUGCAAGGGCCCUUCCAAAAUCUCAAUUACAGUGUUCCCAAGAUUGUUACUAGCCUUCAUCUUAAGAGAGGAUCUGGAAUUCCUACGCACUGGAGGAAGAUGGUUAAAUUUUGGGGUGCCUCCAGGCCUAGAGGCAAAAAUGCUGUAAAUGAAGACGGCACUGAGACGUCAGUAGACGACCCACUUAAUACGACUGUGACAAGGAUGAAAAGUAAAGAGAAAGCGAAAAUUUCAAAGCAGGCAAGUCCAGUGAAAAGGCUUGUCUCCAAACCACCGCGUCCUUCGAUCAGCAAGCAUCCCAUGAAACCUACCAGAGAAUCGUCAGCUAUUUCGGACAAGAUCGCUGUUUCAAAACAUUUUUCAAGUAGACCCUCUGUCAACCCUAUCGGUAAAAUUGCACAAGCUCCGGCACUUAUCAGCAAAACAUCUAAGCCUGAUUAUCACAAAAUACAAAGAAAACGCCUGGAGCAGAUGCAUGCUGCAAGAUUGCAAGACAGCUCUGCACUGGAUUCAAGCGUAAAUUCUCCAGCAGAAGCUAGAGGGAAGAAAAGUCAAGCUGCAAAGUUGCGAGACGGUUCGGUACUGGAUUCAAGCGUAGAUUCUCCAGUCCAAGCUAGAGGGAAGAAACGUCAGGCUGCAAAGUUGCAAGAUGGUUCUGCACUGGAUUCAAGCGUAGAUUCUCCAGUCCAAGCUAGGGGAAAGAAACGUCACCGUCCGGUGGACCUGCCCAAGAAGAGCAGUUCUCCUACUGUUCCAGUCCAGCUAAAAAGCAAACAGAAGCCUUCGCAUAAAUAUUGGGCAGACCGAUUAUCAGGCUCAUCAAGAAGCUAUUCACCAGCUGUACCCAGGCCUAAGGUCAAGUCCCGCCAGCGACCGCAAGUAGUUGAAGAGUCGAGUAUCAAUACAUCAGUUGAUGUCAGUCAAGUCAAGCCGACAAAAAAACGCCCGAUCCCCAGAUAUUUGGAUGAGAAUGACAUCAGUCUUUCAGGAGCGGAGAAGAACAAAUCGAAUUUCACAAACAAUAGCAAUAUCUCUUUCGAGAUUGUAUCUCCGGGAAAAACACUCCACAACAUCAAGAAGCUGAAAGACUCGAACAUUAUCAACAGUCAAGUGACCCCUCCUACAUCUUAUUUUCUGAAUGUCCUACCAAAUAGUGAUAAAAAAAGCGAGAAGAUUGAACGAACCAAAAAAACAGUGAAAAGGUUAAAUGAACGUGUUUUGAAGAAAGGCAGAACUGCAACAAAUAUUCAAAAUGUAGCUCCGAAACUUACAUCACAGGAUCCGAAAGGAUUGAAGAAGUAUAUCCAUGAAUCUAAUGCUCGCUUAACGAAAAUUCAGCAGUCAAGAUCGAUGUCGCAGGACGAAAUGUCUGAUUUUUCUGAUGUUUCAAUGAGCGGAUUUCUGGAUGAUUAAUUGCAAGUCGAAGUAUUGAGCUCAAAUAUCUUUUUAAGAGUUCUUCAGGUUUGUAGCCAUACUUCUUGUGUCAUAGCUUAUAAUACCAACUACCUUUGAAUCCAUUAUCUUUAUUUUAUUUACCAAGGUUUUUUUUGGGGGGGGGGGACUGCUCAGUCAUGUUUUAUUUAUCUCAGUUUUUAAUGACACCGAUCUCCUAUAAUUUUUUUUCUCUUUAUUUUAUCUUCAGGAGCCUUCUUGGGUUUUAAUGGCUCGAUUUUUUCAGACCCCACUGACAAAGCAGCUUUUGGGCUAAAUUGCUUAACAUUUUACAAAUAAACGUAGUACUCACCUCUUGCUCAGGAAUGUCUUUGAUCAAAAAAUUAUGUUCAAUGUCUCAGCAUGUAUCUUUUAGUUUUUACAUAGCCUCCUCUCUUAAUCAUGUCGGUAAUGGCAGAAGAACAAAUUUCAUGUAUUAUUCUUAUUUUUAAUGUUAAACAUUCCAUGAAUCUUAAAAUUUUUUCAACACCGUGAACCACUUCAUGGCUCAGAAAAUAAAAUUAAUAGUGAAUUCUCAUCAAAAGUUUUGAUAAGAUUGUGAAAGCACAAAAAUCUAGGCAAAGGAACACACCAUUUUAAAGUGUUUCCUGCUCAUUAUUUGCAAAUCAGAAUUUUUUUACUGCAAUAAUUCUUAUCCUAUGCUGAAUGCUAUAUCAUACUGAUCGAUUCACUUACCCUUUUACUGUAUGGAUUUGCUUUUUCAUCAGUGCGAGAGACAAUUUGCAUGUUAAAAUGUAGUUUUACCAAUUUACUAUAUUUCUAAGGCUAUUAUUUCUCUGAAGAUGAAGGUUAUUUAUUAUGACCAUCUUAAUUUAAAUAUUCGCACAGGAAUAAAAUGGAGAAGCUCGUGUUAAUGUGGUCUUUAUGUAAUUCCUUUGUCAUCAAUGGUGAAAGAUUCAGUUUACGCUUAUUCUGUUAUCACAGACUUGAAUGGAAUAAUUUUAAAAUACCCUAAUGUUUCUUGUUAUGUCUAAACAAAUUUUGGCUCUCCUGUUGUAUUUUUCUAAAAGUUUUAAUUUUUUAUAAUCAUUGGUUGUUAAGUAGAAUGUAGAAGUUUGUACUUUUGUCCUCACAAUAAGCAAUUCUCCUCGUACAUAAUACAUCCACAGACAAAUUUCUGUCGAAGUGAUAAAACAUUUAAAGUGCCAAUCAAGCAUUGCUACUUAGCCCAUAAUUUUACUAUAGAAAUGAAUCACAGUUCCAAAACUGUCUCAGUAAUGUUGAACAUUUUUCAAAACUGAGUAAUACUUUGCCAUUUAAUGACAACUUAAUAGACUAAAUCGAGAUCGUCCCGUAAUGUGUCUGAUUUAAAUUGUGGUCGUGCUGGUCUUUUUCUGCAAAUUGUCUGUUUUCAAUGUAUGUAUGUUUAAUUAUUUUUAUUAAAUGAUAGUUGUUUUUUUAUGCAUUUACACUAAUCGUAUGUAACUGGCAUUAAACUUUUGAUGUUCUCCAUAAAGUGAAUCGCUACCCACUGUUAUCAAUGAGAUUCGUUUGUCAUUAUUUUUGGACACUCUGGAGGUAUAAGUUUGAAUGCAAGUUGUCACCAGUGAAGAGCCUGCGACUUUCACCUAAGCCUCUUUGUCAAAUUGCUCUGGUUUCUUUAUUAGUUAUGCCGACAGUUCUGUACAAACAUGGCGUCAAUAAAGAGAUAGUGAUUCUGCUUUUAAGAAUUAAAAUGUAAUGAAAAAACCAAAAAAACUAAAAAUGAAGGAAAAAUGUUUAUUUAACCACAAAUAUCUCUCCUUGAGAUAUGCUAUUUGGUGCAACUUUCAUUACAACCAAUCAAAAAGGCAACUGCGGAUGUGCUUAGAGUCUAGAAAAAAGGGAUUGGGGCGGUCAUCUGCUUGUCAACCUUCGAAGGAAGAUGAGUCGAUUAUCGAUCUAGACUCUGACUUCAAGGAUAAUGAUAAAAAAACACGAAGAGUAGAAACUGGGUUGAAAGAUUUUCUUUUGAAAAUAAAAAUUGCAGGACAUUCUAGAUCAUCAUCAUGGCACCAUGAUCAAUUGCAGGAACAUUAAGAAGAAGAAAAAAAAGACAAGUAAAGACCACCAAUCGGAAAUAUUACCUUGGAAACUUCAUUACUCACAAGACUUUGACAAAAUAUUGUGGUAUGUUACGAGUUAAAUUCUUGAGUUUAAAUUUCUGUAUGUUUCUGAAGUCAAUAAUGGUGCUGUAAAGAGCCUAAACUUUCUGCUUCUCAAUUUUUAUAAACAUUUUAUUAACUUUGCUCCAGUAAUGCGUGUUUUUUUAUUUGUUACCUUUGUGUUUGACCGCUAUCUCACCUUUUUGUUCCGAGAAGAAAAUUUUGCAAGUCAUCAAAAAAAUUUAAGUGGUGAUCAUUAAUUCUUUAAGAAUUUCAUUUAGUAAUGCUCAAGAACUUAAAUGCUGGUACACAACUCUUACGUAAUGUUUUAAGCUAAUUUUGGCGCAAAUCGACCUCUCCUGUUCUUUGGCUAGUUUUGUUUUCCAUAUCUAUUUCACUUCAAAUGAAGUCUUCAGUGAUCCAAAGUAUAGAAAAGAAAUUUAAAAUUUCUGAUUUUUGAGUCAUUGAAAUGGAGGGUACGUAGCUCUGAUUGGACAUGAUUGAGAUUGAGCUCUGUCACCAUCUUGUUUGAAUUUCGUCCUGUAUCUUUUUCAUCGUUUUGAAUCAAUCAUCAACAGCUCACUUUGUCAAUUACAAAGAUAUUCUUUAAACAUGUGAAAAAAAUUGAAUUGGCUCAUUUCAUUCAAAUUUUGCCUAGCUUGACUGUAUACCAGUAAAAUUCAAUUGAAUUUGUGCCUCUAUUUUUGGAAAAAUAUGUAUUUAUGAAAAUGUUUUUAAAUUUUUUAGGUGCCUCAGAUUUAAACCUGAGGUAAGCAUAAAUAUUAAGGUAUUUUUAGACCUUGCUUUUGGAUCUUUAGAAUUUUUAUCAUUUUUAAGAAGCUACUUAAAAAAAAAUAAUAUUAAAAAAAAAAAAAACGAAAAAAAUUCCGCUCAAUAUUCCUUGUAUUUAUGUGCUUUUGAGAUUUGCAACUCAGAUUUGAUUUUCAACUUAAUUUUUUAAUUGUAUUGAUUCUGUGGUCUUCCUUUCGAAAGUUAUCUUCGAGGGCUUAAAUAGUCUCUUGUAUAAACUAUUUUAAUUCAAUGAUUUUCAUGUAAUGUGGUGAUAACUGACUUUUUUGCCUAACAUUUGAUGUAAAUUUUCUGCAACUGCCUGUUUUUCUUAUUCUUUUUAAAAUUACAGUUAUGAAGCAGAUUUUUUCUAGUGUGAAACUAAAACUGAAGUAAAUGAGAAAGUCCCCUGUAUCAGUUAAACAGUUAUACGGAUGCAGGUUUUUUAUUCUUAUUGACUUUCUCAACAAAAGUGCUAAAAGUAUGUAUACAGCUGAACUUAAACUGAAUGAAAAAAAGCGUCUAGCAGGAUAAACAGAAGAAAUACUUGGCAUGAACGCACAGUGUAGUGUCUGCACUGAAAGGGCAUGGCACCUAUGGCGCACAAGUUUGCAAUUGAAUGAGGCGUAACAAUCUAUCAAAAGAAAUCUGAUCAAGUUCCUUUGAUGGAUUGUCGCUUUGAUAUCAUUUGCUGACUUGUGCGCCUUAAGUUCUGCUCCUUAAAAGUUAAAAUUGCAGUCAAAGUCCAUCCCAAUAACAAAAUUGAUCAUGAUCAGGAGGUGGAUGUUGGCUUUAAAAGUUCUGUGUUGAAGGAUCCUUUGAAAACUAAUGUUUGGAUGUUGAGUAAACUCAUUAAAGAAAUUUUGGGAGCCGUACAGUCAGUGGUACUUCCUAUCAGUUCAUAUCAAGAAAAAUGCCAUUUUUUAUUAGUUAUGCGUAUUUAUAUCAACAAUUAUUCUUCUUGUUUUAUACAAUUAUUUUUAUAGAGGAAUUUUAAAAAAAUUAUACAUCUUUUGCCCGAA